CUUCCUGCGAGAGGAGAACCGUGCCAACCCUCAGUUUGAAAAGCAGUCUCUUCCUACAGCAAAGGCGCAGGCAGAAGCGCAGAGAGUGAGACGUCUUGAAACAUUCCCUCAUCUUUGCGGAUAUUUAUACAUUUUUGUAACCACGGCUUCAAAGGUGGACAACGUUUUUUCCUCUCUAUCCCUGCAUUUCUUCAAGAAAGAAAUGGAAGAGGGCUCUAGUUCUCCAGUCUCCCCUGUGGAUAGUCUGGUAACCAGUGAGGAGGAGCUGGACAGACAGCAGAAACGCUUCGGAAGGAAGAGGAGACACAGUAAAAAGUCCAGCGAGGACAGCAGCAGCAGCAGCCCCGGUCCGGUGAAAAGGGGUAAAAAGCCGAGUCCGAGCAGCACCCAGUCAUACGAGGAGCUGCAGAACCAGCGGGUCCUGGCCAACGUGCGGGAGAGGCAAAGGACUCAGUCUCUGAACGAGGCCUUCGCUUCUUUGCGCAAAAUCAUCCCCACGCUGCCGUCGGAUAAACUCAGCAAGAUCCAGACGCUGAAGCUGGCCUCCAGAUACAUUGACUUUCUCUAUCAGGUGCUGCAGAGCGACGAGAUGGACAACAAGAUGUCCAGCUGCAGCUACGUUGCGCACGAAAGACUCAGUUACGCGUUCUCCGUGUGGAGGAUGGAGGGCGCUUGGUCUAUGUCAGCAUCUCACUAGCACCCAGAGACCUACACUUACAAUGCCGAAGCGACUGUUUACUUCUACAAAGUAUGAAGACCAAAGGGAUUAUUGAAGAACCCAUCAACCUCAGAGGCAUGGCGGAGAGAUGUAAUGUGACACACAGCUACAAACUCUUGGGGAGUGUUUUUUUGGAUGCCGUUUCAUCACACUGCUUUUGACUUGUCGGAGCUGUUUGUGGCAGAGAGGGCAAGCAGCAGAGUCCCCUGCAAUGUGUAUAGGCCGAGGAUGUUAUAGCGAGUAGCUCGGAUUUAUGGCCUGUAUUACCGCAAAGCCAUCCUUUAACCGCCUUAGAAGAAGAUAUAUAUUUUGUUUGUUUUCCAAAGACUUUAAACCAAAAGUAUAUAUAUAUAUAUAUAUAAAUAUAAAUAUAAAUGAAUGCAUAUUGUACAUACCUGUGUAAGUACACCUAUUAGCCUGUAAAGGGACCAAUGCAAUGUAGAGUCAUUCUUGAAAUACCGCUGCAUGGAUUUAUUUCACCGAGUUUCUUUAGCAAGUCUCCAAACUCCGUCCAAUGUACAUUUUUGCUUAUUUAUUAAAACACAUAUUUUUUUGAAUGAGAUGUAGUUGAAUUCUUUGAUU